CCGUCUCUGUGGGAGCUGGUAGAGGAGCACGUUCCGCUCCCGGAGCGGCCCGAAGUGAAGAGGAUUCUGGGGGAGACGACGGUGGACCUGAGCCUGGAGCUACGAGCAGAGGUGGGGAGUGGGCAGAUGGGCCACACUCCAGGCCUGUCCCAGGACUCGGGUGAUUUACCCCACCUCCUCCGGGUCCCCGGUCCUGCCUGGUAUCUCUCGAGAUCUUGCCGGAUCUCACCGUCCCCAGCCCUCUGGACUCCGCUCUGCCCCUCAGUCCCCCAGCCCCCUUCACUUCCGUCACUUCUCUCCCGAGUCGCAAGGUGUCCCAGCUCUCCUUGCAGGUGGUGAUGCUACAGUCACUGCUCCAAGAGGCUCGAUCCUCCCAAGCCUCUGGCUCCCGCCCCACCUCCGAUCCCUCCUCCCUUCUGGCACCACCGCCCCUCCUAAGAGACCUCAUACGCCAAGAACUGAGGCAGCUGCUCCUAGGCCUCCGCCAGAAGGCCAUCUGCGAGGGCAGGGACCAGACCCAGGCUUGGGUCCAGUAUAGCCCCAGGGUCCUGCGCUUUGCCUUGGAGGAGCCUAGGUGUGAUUUGCCAGAACAGGAGGUAUUGCAGAUGAGAGCUGGUGAACCCAGCAGCGGUCAGAGGGACCUCAGCAUCAUCAAGGACCAACUGAAUGUGUCCAGCAUCGACCAGGUUGCUGGACACCUGCGUCUGAGUCCAAGCCAGCCACCCCCUCACCAAGAAGGGCCUUUCAGGGGAGCUAGUGUCCCCCCCACACCUAUGGGCUGCCUGAGCCUGUUUGGGGGGCCCUGCCAUGGGGAUCUUGGCCUCUGCACCCUGCCCUGCCCCACCCAUGCUUCCGGCCAGGCACUGAGCCAGCUCUCCCGGCAGCGCUGCCUGGAAGAGGAGUACACAGGGGCACCCCAGCCCUCCGAGGCAAGCCUAGCGCCCACCCUGGCAGAGCUGAAGGAGCAGAAGGCAGCCAUGCGCCAGGAGCUGCAGGCACUUCCGAGGUCCUCCCAUGUCUCCUCCAGCCUCAGGCAGCAGCCCGUGGGAUCCUCCAGCCUGGGUCUCAGACCCCAGCCUUGCCCCCUCGGGAAGGCUGGGGUUUGGACAGGGCCUGGCCAGUGCUGCCUACCUGCCCCGCCUCCCGAGAGCUGCCCCCGCCCCCGACACCUGGCUACCACCUGCCGCUGGGGCCGGAAGCUUCAGGGCAGCCCUGGGGAAAGGCCAGUGUCUACUCCAGCAUCCAGCGCUACACCCCAGGCCCCCACCUAAAGGGCUGAUCAUCAAGUAGGCCUUGGCGUCUGCUGGAACUCACCCCAUCCGCUGCUGCCCACCCCUCAGCUGCUGUGGCCCAGCCUGCUUCAGAUCUAGUCUUGGAUGGGCCCCAGCCAGGACGCA